GGCAGGCGGGGCGCAGAGAGAGGAGGAGCCUCGGGCAUGAGCCACCGCCCUCGCUGUGGAUCUUCAGCCGCCGCCGCUGCUCUGAGCAGCUAGCCCGAAAGGCAGAUGGAACCGAGUCAAUCUCAGCUCUUCACCAUGUAACCUUGGCCAUGUCCUGAGCUCUCUGAACCUGUUCCUUCAUUUAUGAGACGCUGCAAACAUUAAACACCAACUGUGACAAAUGGUGAGAUCCAAAGUCAAAUAAGAUGAAGUUCCUACUUCAAGCUGCUCAUCAUCUACUUAAGAAAGAGCAUCCAAAAUGCAGAAUGUAAGCAAGCACAGGAAUACGUCUACCUUCCUGAUAAAUAACACCCAGUGAAGCCACUGAAAUACUCAGAAAGAUGGACAAACCACUGAUCAGCCGUCGCCUAGUAGACAGUAAUGGCAGCCUUGCUGAGGCUCCCAGUGGGGCCCCCAAUGUGGGCAUCCUGGGCAGUGGGGACUUUGCACGUUCCCUGGCCACACGCCUGGUGGGCUCUGGCUUCAGUGUUGCAGUGGGGAGCCGCAACCCCAAACGCAUAGCUGGGCUAUUCCCCUCAGCCACACAAGUAACUUCCCAGGCAGAGGCAGUGGUCUUCCCUGAGGUCAUCUUUGUGGCCAUGUUCCGGGAGCACUACUCUUCACUAUGUGGACUCAGCGACCAGCUAGCCAGCAAGAUCCUAGUGGAUGUGAGCAACCCCACAGAGCAGGAGCACCUUCAGUACCGUGAGUCCAAUGCUGAGUACCUGGCCUCCCUCUUCCCCACUUGCACAGUGGUCAAGGCCUUCAAUGUCAUCUCUGCCUGGACCCUGCAGGCUGGGCCAAGGGAUGGGAACAGGCAGGUGCCCAUCUGCAGUGACCAGCCAGAAGCCAAGCGCACUGUCUCAGAGAUGGCACGCACCAUGGGCUUCACGCCUGUGGACAUGGGAUCCCUGGCCUCAGCCCGGGAGGUGGAGGCCAUGCCCCUGCGCCUCCUCCCGGGGUGGAAGGUGCCGGCCCUACUGGCCUUGGGGCUCUUCAUCUUCUUCUAUGCCUACAACUUCAUCCGGGAUGUGCUGCAACCCUACAUGCAGGAGGGCAAGAACAAGUUCUACAAGCUGCCUCUGUCCGUGGUCAACACAACGCUGCCGUGCGUGGCCUACGUCCUGCUGUCACUGGUGUACCUGCCUGGCGUGCUAGCAGCUGCCCUGCAGCUGCACCGCGGCACCAAGUACCGACGCUUCCCCGACUGGCUGGACCACUGGCUGCAGCACCGCAAGCAGAUAGGCCUGCUCAGCUGUUUCUGUGCCGCCCUGCACGCGCUCUACAGCUUAGGCCUGCCGCUGCGCUGCUCCCACCGCUAUGAACUGGUCAACCUCGCCAUCAAACAGGUCUUGGCUAACAAGAGUCACCUCUGGGUUGAGGAGGACGUCUGGAGGAUGGAGAUCUACCUCUCUAUGGGAGUACUGGCCCUCGGCACGCUGUCCCUGCUGGCCAUCACCUCACUGCCGUCCAUUGCAAACUCACUCAACUGGAGAGAGUUCGGCUUCGUUCAGUCUACACUGGGCUUUGUGGCCCUGGUGCUGAGCACGCUGCACACACUCACCUAUGGCUGGACCCGCGCCUUUGAGGAGAGCUGCUACAAGUUCUACCUGCCUCCCACCUUCACACUCACGCUGCUGGUGCCCUGUGUGGUCAUCCUGGCCAAAGGCCUGUUUCUUCUGCCCUGCUUCAGCCGCAGACUCUCCAAGAUCCGAAGGGGUUGGGAGAAGGAUGGUGCCAUCAAGUUCAUGCUGCCAGUGGACCAUGCCCUGGCCCAGAAGACUAGCCAUGUGUGAGGUGCCAGCGCCUGGCCCAGGAAACCAAAUACAGCAGGACAGUGCCCUGAGCCUGUCAAGGCUUCUUUUCUUGAUCAAGCAGUAUGGCAUAAUCAUGCACAAUUUGGUGGUUUGAGGCCUGAAUUCCCAGAAUGCAAAUUUAUGCAGUAAUCAAAAUGACACACACAUGUGUGUGUAAUAUAUGUUCAUAUAUAUUUCAGAUAUAUCACAGGAUUUGCAAUUAUACUUACUUAGCUAAAAAGUUGAGUCCCUGAAAGUCCAACUGGUAGAUUGAAAAGCGAGUGCCAGAUGUCAGAUCUGCAGCUCAUGUAUUAUUGUGACAGAUACACACUUUUUGCACAGAAAAGGCAGUGAGAGGCUUGCUCCUCAGUGGAUUCAAUCCAUGCCCCCACUUCCUUUUCACUACUUUUCAAGGCUUUUGCAGAGCUGGGGCUGUGUGGUGGCAGAGCACACGUGACCUCUGCCUGGAGCUGUUUAUAUGCACUGGGGUGAGGUGGUGGUGGUGAGGGGUUGCCAGUGAGCAGGGGUGCAGCUCCCCCUUUGUCACCUUUAGUGGAAGGAGGCCGGGCUGGAGCAAGGGUGCUGGUGGGGAACCUGGUGUCUGUGCCGUAGGAGCCAAUCAAAGGUCCAUCCUUUGCCAGCUGUGCAGGUAAGGAAGGGGGUUGGGCUGAAGCUGUUCCCCUAAUCCUUCCUGAGCUGGGGAGAUUUUCUUCUUGAAGGUCUGAAGCCACCACAGUGGGUGCAAAUUGAUCUUCCCACAGGAGUGUGAAGCUACCUUCAGGAGUGCAGAGCCACUAAUGAACCCUGUCUUGAGAAUAAGUGUAAUUUAUUUCCCUCCUUUGAGUUGGUGAUGACCGUUCUUUAAACCACUGUGCCUUCUCACCUUUUAGAUCAUUAGUUUGAAUGUCUCCCUGGAAGGCCUGGAGCAGACCCUCUUCAGUCAGUUCCAGAGAAAAGGAAAGGCAGAGAGAGAGGCUUGGCACCACAGCUCAGCCUUUCUCAGGAGGGGGACGUGCCCAGGGGGCUGUGGGCUGGUUGUCUUUAUUGCUUUGGGCCUGUGGAAAAGCACUAGGGCCCUGUUCAAAUGUCUCUGCUACCUCUGGGCAAAGAACCUGCCCUCCAAGCACCCAGCCCCACACUGCUCUGAGGAAUAGGGAGAAUGUGGGCAGCUGGACCCACCAAGGACCUCCAAUAUUUCAAUAUAGCUGGCAGCGUCUUUCCCACCAAAGUUGCAAACCUGAAAUGCUGCUGCCCCAAAGCACAAGAGGCUGGACCUCAGCCAGGGCCACCAGACAUGUGUGCUCAGGUCAUAGGCCAUCCCUCACUGAUUCCUGCCCAGUUUUUAUUUCUCCAUGAAGAAAAAGCAGUUGUUGGCUGAGCCCACAACCCCUGGCAGAACCAGGAUGAUCUAUCCUAUCCACAGAAGAAACUUUGAAGCCAAAGGGGUGACUUCCCGAGGAAUCAGGGAGAUGCGCACUGGACUCCACUCUGAAGUGGGAAUGUUGGUCACACUAAUAGUCUUAGGUCUUCCAGGCCGGAGGGCAUCUUAGGAUGGACAUAGUGUAGCCAGCAAAGGCUGACCAGACACUGCUGCCAGAGAAUGAUGCCCUUGCCUCCCCCCAGGGAGCCCUCAGGGGCUCAUCUGUCUUGAAGGGUGUUAGGGUCCUUUAGUGAAAGGAAAAAAAAGAACAAAUCAAGAGUAUCUCAUUAGGCCAGUGACUGAUGGAGGGAAGGCAGUGCAGGCUACACGAUCUUCCUGCCUGUGUUUCUGCCUGCUACUCCAAUGGACCCUGAUGGAGCAGCCGUGGUCCUCAGAGAGGCUCACUGAACAGGAGGCAGAUAAGUAAAGAGGUCAGCAUUUGCUUAACAGAAUGAGGGCCCACAGAUUUCCCGGGAUAGGAACCAGGGAGAAUAUGGGCAACUGGGCCCCACCAAGGAUCGUCAGGCCUUCUCAGCAUGGGCUGCCUUCCUUCUCCUGCCUCACUGAGCCUGGGGAUGAUUCCUUAUACCAAAGAUGCUGACACAGAUUAAAGUUCAGGAUGCUCCUGCCCCUUCCUGCCCACCUCCUGCUGCAGGUGCUCCUCAGGAAGGGGACUGACCCCAGGAUGUGGCGGCAGGAGGGAACAGAGUUGCUGACCACCCACCAGUUGGACAGUUAGCUCAUGAAAGGCAGGGGGCUGUGCACUCGGCCUCAGCUUGGUGUUUGCUGCUGCUUUUGGCGACCUUUCCAGGUGGCUGGCAAUGGUAUCCCCAUGAAAGCAAGCCACUCCCUUACAGCCUGGUAAAUUCUGUGCCUCUGGGUACAAGAAUGCCUGAACCAGUGUGCUCCAGAAACCCUACAUGCCAUGGUCUGAGGUUGACAUUUAAAAUCUGUGUCUUUGAAACAGUCUUUUGUGUUUACCUUGUAAAGCUUGUCUAAGAAACAGUGAAAAUAAACACCUAAGCUCACCUGAA